CAAAAUCAAUUUUCAUUUUCUUCAAAUCCAAAUCAUCUCAUUUCAAACCCCCAAUUUCAAAAACCCUAAAAAAUGUCAGAAACCGAAAAACUUCCGUUAGUUAAUUCACCAACAACAUCACGAUCGAUAACAGAAACCGUUAACGGCUCACACGAGUUCGUUAUCGAAGGCUAUUCGUUAGCCAAAGGCAUGGGGAUAGGAAAACACAUAGCUAGUGAUAAUUUUACAGUUGGCGGUUUCCAAUGGGCGGUUUAUUUUUACCCUGACGGUAAAAACCCUGAGGAUAAUUCGACUUACGUUUCGCUGUUUAUCGCUCUCACGAGUGAAGGCACGGAUGUUAGGGCGUUGUUUGAGUUGACACUUGUUGACCAGAGUGGGAAAGAGAAGCAUAAGGUUCAUAGUCAUUUUGAUCGCUCGUUGGAGAGCGGUCCGUAUACGUUGAAAUACCGCGGCAGCAUGUGGGGAUACAAGCGUUUUUAUAGGCGUGCAUUGCUUGAAGCUUCAGAUUAUCUCAAGGAUGAUUGUUUGAAAAUUAAUUGCACUGUGGGGGUGGUGGUUUCUGCUACAAUUUGCCCUAGGCCACCUACAAUUCAGGUCCCAGAAUCUGAUAUUGGGUUGAACUUUGGUAUGUUGCUCGAAAAUAUGGAAGGCUCAGAUGUUAUCUUCAAUGUGGCUGGUGAAAAAUUUCAUGCUCAUAAGUUGGUACUGGCUGCUAGAUCCCCUGUCUUCCGUUCUAAUGGUUUUGGACAAGAAAAAGCUGAUCAUGAGAUUGUCAUCGCUGAUAUGGAACCCAAAGUAUUUAAGGCUAUGCUUCACUUCAUUUACACAGAUGAACUUAAUGAAGAUGAGUUGGUGGCUUCUAGUUCAUCUUCUGAAGCUGAUGUGUCUGAUACGUUAGUGUCCAAGCUGUUAGUUGCUGCUGAUCAGUAUGAUCUGUGCAGACUCAGACGGAUAUGUGAGUCUUAUCUGUGCAAGGAUAUAUCUGUAGACUCUUUUGGCCGAAUUCUAGCACUGGCAGAUGGUAAUCAUGCUAUGGAAUUGAAAAGCAUAUGCCUUAAAUUCGCUUCUGAAAAUCUUGCAGCUGUUAUGCGAUCAGAUGGGUUUGAGUAUCUCAAAGCUAACCACCCUGCACUGCAGUCAGAGAUUUUGAAGACAAUGGUUACUUCUGAAGAUGGAUAUAGCAGUGGUGGAGGUGGUAGUAAAGCUCAAAGUGUUUGUGCUCAGCUUUCAGAUGGCAGUGACACUAUUGGUAGGAGGUUAAGGAGAAGAAGGCACCCACAAUGAAUGACGGGCUGAUGUAGUGAAAUCAUUCUAUUAAAAGAAAAUGCCAAAAAAAAAGGAGACAGUGGCUGGUUGGGAGUUGUCUGAUAAGCAGGUUUUUGUUAUAAUUUUUUUUUACUGAAGCUGUGUAUAAAUAUCCAUGCAUGUAGGUGAACUUUACAGUUUCUCAAUCUACCUAUGCUUUUUGUGGGUUUCAA